UGCUGCUGCUGCUACCGUUGCCCCUCUGCCCAGCGUCAAUUCCGUAGAGCCGAUGGCUGUAACCUCCCCGGCCGCAUCGCCACCCCCACCACCAUCGUUAUCACUACCACUACCUCCACCACCGCCACCCCCACCAGCAAUAACAACGACGACGACAACCAAUGCCGCCCAGCCUCUGUCCAGGCUGGGCAACCUGAGAUCGUCCCCACUCCAUUCUCUGACCAGCUACAACGUUCUCUGCGGCGCUCAGCAAGCACAUCACCACCUCCCUCCUCCACCUCCUCAUCAUCAGCAGCAACAGCAACAACAGCAGCGCUACGAUCGCUGUCCUAUAUCUCCGGUUUCGAGCCUGCCUCUUGGCGUGGUCACCACUUUGCCAAUAUCUUUGCCGAGCAUGUUGACCACAACACCGAUAACAGCGACUCCGAGGUCGAAACUGUCGUUUGGCAUCAGCCGGAUCCUCGGAGUGGAAGAGGAGGACGACAGCGAGAUGCGGAAAGAGAGGGAAGAGAACGGAAGCGGUGGGUCCGCGGGGGCCGGCGGAGAUAUGGAGGAAGAUGAGGAAGUAGAAGUCGAGGUGGAGAUGGAAGAAGAUGAUGAAGAGGAGGAGGAGAGGGAAGAGGUAGAAGGGGAUUGCUGCGACGAUGGCAAGCGUGGUUGCCAUGACAACCGGCACUACUCGCUGCAUGUUCACCCCCAGCAAACGCAACCCCACCCACUCCACACGAAUCUCUCACACCAACACCAACAACAACGGCAGCAACAACAUCUUAACAACAACAGUAACAACAACAACAACAAUAACGGGAACCAUUACCAGUUAUCGAAUGGUCUGAAAUCCGCCAUUGAUAGCCAACACAUGCACCAUCUCCACCACCAUCCACACCACCACCACCACCCUCCCCACCACCACAUCCAUAACAGCAACAGUAAUACUACUACUAAUACUACCACUAUUAGUAACGAAACCAACAACAACAACAACAACAAUAACAACAGUCACAGCAAUGCGUGUUCAAAUGCUGGCGGUGGUAGUGGCGUUGGUGCUAUGAAUAGUAGUAGUAGUAAUAGUAGUAGUAUUAGUAGUAGCAAUAAUAGUGGUAGUAAUGGUAGCGGUAACAGUAGUAGUAGUAGUGGUGGUGGUAGGAAUAGUAGCAUUAACAGUGUUAGUCAUAAUAAGAUCGCUAGUAGUAAUACUAACAAUAAUAAAACCCACAUCUGUUUGACAAACGGGGGUAGCCCGACUAUACUAAACAGCAUCAGCAACAACAACAACAACAGCAGUAGUAUCAGUAGCAGUAGCAGUAGUAGCGGCAGUAGCACACCGACUUCACCGACUCUUUUAUUUGGUGGCAACAGCCACAACAACAACAACAGCAACAACAACAACAACAGCACAAAUGAUAGUAAUAGCAACAACAUGGACACGCACUCCAUUCCUUUUUCUCGUUCGGCGUCACCAUCGCCGAAAUCCGAUCUUGAACUCUCGACCAGUCCGACCAAUCACGGACCUUCGUCUGUAGCGGAUAUGAAAGCAACACACGCUGCUUCGGCGGCCCUAGCUACCGGUCUGGCAACGACGUUAUCAGGGAGUCUUUUGUCGCUUCCCACCUUCCCUUGUGGACUGCAGAUGGCUUCAGGAGCAAGUGGGGUGAUUAAAGUACCCGCUCACCGACCGCAUCCAUUAGCGAACAGUUGGUAUCCUCUUUCCUACCCUUGGUUGGACCUUCGACGUGAUAGGCUCGGCAUUGUGAGACGGAUCGGACAUCCAUACCAAAACAGGACACCCCCGAAGAGGAAAAAACCACGAACUUCUUUCUCGCGUUCGCAAAUAAUGGAGUUGGAGAAACGUUUCCAUCGCCAGAAGUACUUGGCGUCGGCCGAGCGGUCAGCAUUGGCCAAGGCCCUCAAAAUGACCGACGCUCAAGUCAAAACCUGGUUUCAGAACAGAAGGACAAAAUGGAGACGUCAGACGGCGGAAGAAAGAGAAGCCGAACGCCAAGCAGCCAACAGAUUCCUCAUGUCACUCCAAGCUGAAGCAUCAAAGACAAUCUAUGAUACAAGGGAUCCUUUAUGCAUGGCAAACUCUUCCCUGCAUGCUCUGCAGAAUCUGCAACCCUGGACCGAAGAGGGGGACCGCAAUAGAGAAAACAGCCUGCAAGCUGCAGCGAGCUAGUUACGGGCGUAGGAGGAGGCAACUCACUUGAACAUAUCGGAAUAAUGUACAGUGUAAGAUAGAGAGGCAUAUGGUAUAUACGUCAGCAAAUCGGUCUGAACACACAGUGUCAAUUUAUGAUACAUUCAUACAUAUAUGUAUGUAUGUGUGUGUGUGUCUACAUAU